AAGCUUGUCUCCAUGCUGCUGUCAAAGUUUCUGUCCUGUGAGGAAACAUGGAUGUGAAGAAGCUCACUCCCCUCUUCCUGCUGUUCCUGCUGCCUGAACUUCAGCUGUCCUCAAUUGAGAUUACAGUGCAGAGGGCAAGGGGAACCUGGGCCGAGGCUCAGGCUUACUGCAGGAGGAACCACGUCGAUUUGUUUCGAAUCACAAGCUCGUCAGAUAAGAGCCAAAUCCCCGAUGCCAGAGGCUGGAUCGGACUGUACCGAGACGACGAGGACAGUGAAUGGAAAUGGUCGGGGAGGGAGGGAAUUCCCGCUGACUAUGACUACACAAUCAGGAAUCGGAGAGGAAAUUGUAUUUUCACGCGUAAAGGUGAAGACCUUCUCCAGACCUCCAACUGCUCAACCGAACGUUUCUUCACUUGUUUUGAGGAGAAGACGGUUCUGGUGAGGGAGAAUAAGACCUGGGAGGAGGCUUUAGACCACUGCAGGGCCCUCGGGGGCGGAGACAAUCCAAACACGGGGCAGCACCUUUCAGACCUGGUUUCCGUAUCCGGUGACAACCUGGACUUUGUACGGCAGGUGGCAGAAGAAGCCGCCACCGACGAGGUGUGGGUGGGCCUGCACUUCCUGGCGGGAUGCUGGUGGUGGGUGGGCGGAGAACCGGUGAAGCCCGGCGGCUUGCCGGACUGCCCGGGAGACGGGGCCUGCGGCGUCCUGGCGAGGAACCGCUCUGAAGGUUUCGGGAUCAGGAACUGCACAGAGAGACGCAACUUCCUCUGUGACAGGAGGCCGCAAACCAGCGGGGGUAGUUAGUUACUUCUGAGUACUAAACAGGGCAGUCGGGGGAAUCCAGGGCUACACGCAGUGGAGGUUCAAGUCCCACGUAGACUCUGUCUCCGUGGAAACGGGGAAAACACAAUCGUUCUAAAACGCUGCUGCUGCUCAUGAGCACCACGGCCAAAGCAAAUAGUUCUUCUGCACAUAAACAAUAAUGAUAUUUGCUUUGGGGCUGGGCGAUGAAACGAUAACCAUAUAUAUCACAAUGGGACUUUUCCUCAGUAGAAUAUGAAACAUGGUCGAUGAAAAUUUUGCCCAUGCUCUUACAUAAAAUUAAAUGAAUCAGGAAAGAAAACUCAAAAAAUGAAGCCUUUUUACUUGAAAUGUUGUCCGUCUUUUUUUUUUUUUUUUUUUACUUGCUUUGCUUCUUAUGAACUAUGAAGCAACUGGCGUUUCAAAAUAUACCUGUGUGUACCACAGGGGGCCACCAGGUGGCACUGUGUGGCCACCGAAUGCUGCUCCAGUCCCACCAAGUCCUGUUUGACUGAAGGUAAGCACAAUAUUGCCACAAGAAAAAACCACACAGAAUAAUCUAAAUUAAAAGUGAUGAAUUAUAAUAUCUCCAGACCUUUUUCCCCUUUUCAUAAUGUAUUUUUUUGACAGACGUGACUUACAGUCCAGAUGUUACAUUCCUUAAAUUCCUCUCUUUUAUUUCUGGCU